AUGAACCUGUCGUCUGUGGCACCAGUACGCGCUGCUGCCAUCAAAAUCGAUAAAGACAGGAGAGUUUUCAAAGCUGAAAUGCUUGUCAACAACGCGGGCGUGAUGGCUCUUCCUGACCUACAACUUUUCAAAGCUAGCAUCGAAAUGAUAUUUGCCACCAAUCAAGUCGGCCACUUCCUCCUCAAGAACCGCAUCCUGCCAAAGAUUAUCAAGGCAAUAUCAACGUCAGCUCCUACGGACACCAAGUCUCGCCGGUUCAUUUCUCAGACAUCAGCUCAGCAAGAUUCCCGAGGAACUUCCCGAAGAAGAACUUCUGAUCUUCAGAAGGCCAGCUUCUCGAAGGGUCAAGAUUGGUCCGACAAGUCUUACGUUGGUUUCCUGUCAUACGGCCAGUCCAAGACGGCCAACAUUCUAUACUCGCUGUCACUUACUCAGACGCUGGAAGCCAAGUAUGGCAUCGGCUCCUACGCUAUUCAUCCCGGCGCAGUCACCAAAAACAUCAAUCGCCACGCCAAAUCGGAGGAGAUUAAGAAGGCACUCAAGAGGGUCAAGAAACUUGGCUUCGAGACUCCCGCCAAGACACUAGAUCAAGGCGUCGAUCCCUCGGUCCUCUCUGCCGUGGGUCCCGAGUUACCGAGCCCGGGCCUGUCGAGCCUUGAGUCAAAGGGCCUUUAUAUCGCUGGCUGCAAGCUUGAUGACGAGCAUUGUACUGGAUUUGACAGGAACCUGGAGUAUGCUGACAAGCUCUGGGCGCUUAGUGAAGAGUUAGUCAAAGAAAAGUUCGAUAUCUAG